UGAAUUCAGCGGUCAAAUGAAGGAAUUCCGCUGGAAAGAGAGGCCCAAAUUGGGCCCUCGAGGCGCGAAUCUGGCGUUGGAAGUGCCUGACGUCAGGUGUCCGCCCCACCAGGGCGGCCGCGGAGAGUGAAAGUUGCUCCUCAGGUGUCAAAUCGCGCGCAGUUUCGCCCGAGAACGCGAAAAUGCUACGUGUGUGCACGCUGUGUCUCCUGCUGACGCUCUGCCAUCGCCUGGCGCUGGCCUACGAUCCCACGGACAAGGAGAUCGGCUCCGUGCUGCCGCCCGAGGGCACCUUCGAGGCCUUCUACCCACGCGAGAUGAACGGCAUCCCCAAUGGCUCGUCGCGUCCGCCACACGGCCACGGGAGCUUCUUCAAGUAUCGCAAUCCAGCGCUCAUUGACACGAAGAACGCCGCCGCUUACGGCUUCCGCUUCGACGGCAUGCGCAGAUUCAACUUCGAUUGAGCCACA